UGUGAGCGCGCACAUGCACAUGGUGACCCCUGCCUGACCACCCUCCUCCCGUUCCCCCAGCCCCUCGCAACCUGGAACUCUGCCCACCUCCAGAGAGCUCUUUGCAAAACAGCAAAAUCCUUGGGUUUCUCCAGCAAAUGAGGAAUCUGUUGUUUUCUCCAGUUUUGGAUGAGAAAAGGAAAACCUGGAUCCCUAGUGAAGACAUGCCCAGAGAUUUCCAAUAGGAAUUCACAGUGUUAGAAGUGUUCUGCCCUACUGUGGCCUUGUUGAGUGCUUUGCAACAGAAAAAAGCACAGUGUUAUUUUUCCGUGCUCAGUAAAGGGUGCAAGCAGAGCUGGCGCUUUUGAGGGGAGCCUUGAGUUUGGAAAGGUGGAGAACCACUGCCUUCGGGGUGGAGGCAGCGCCAAGUCUACUCUGAUUCUGCUCUUGGCUUGGGAAAUAGGCAGCCCCCUCAAUCUGUUGCUUUUUUGCCCUUUCCCCAGGCGUUCGUUUCAGCAGUUCUGUCAGCCUCGAUGACGUGAGCGCUCUGGCUGCCCUCAUGACAUACAAAUGUGCCGUAGUGGAUGUGCCUUUUGGGGGGGCCAUGGCUGGCAUAAAGAUCGAUCCCAGGAAGUACUCGGGCCUGGAAUCGAUGUGUUGGGGCCUGACGUUGGCACAGGCGAGCGGGAGAUGUCCUGGAUCGCGGACACAUAUGCACACACGCUCGGCUACAGGGACAUCAACGCCCCUGCCUGCGUGACAGGGAAGCCCAUCAGCCAGGGUGGGAUCCAUGGACGCGUCUCAGCCACCGGCCGCGGCGUGAUGCAUGGGAUUGAGAACUACCUCAGCAACACGCACUACAUGGACCUCAUAGGCCUGAGCCCUGGCUUCCCCGGCAAGACCUUUGUGCUACAGGGCUUCGGGCAUGUGGGGCUGCACACGAUGCGGUACCUGCACCGCUGCGGCGCCUGCUGCCUCUGUGUCGGUGAGGUGGACGGCGCCAUCUACAACGCCGAUGGCAUCCACCCCCAGGAGCUGGCAGACUACAAGCUGGAGCAUGGCACCAUCGUUGGCUUUCCAGGAGCAGAGCCCUACAAAGGCAGCGUCCUCGAGGUGCCCUGUGACAUCCUUAUCCCAGCUGCCACAGAGAGGCAGCUCACAGCAGAGAAUGCCCACCUGGUCAACGCCAAGAUUAUCGCUGAAGCAGCCAACGGCCCCACAACACCAGCAGCACAUGAGAUCUUCCUCAAGAGGAACAUCCUUGUUAUCCCGGACCUGUACGUGAGCGCGGGCGGCGUGACCGUGUCCUUCUUUGAGUGGCUGAAGAACCUGAACCAUGUGAGCUAUGGGCGCCUCACCUUCAAGUAUGAGCGCGACUCCAACCACCACCUGCUGCUCUCCGUGCAACAGAGCCUGGAGCGGGGCCUGGGCCGUGCCCACGGCGACCUCCCCAUCAUGCCCUCCCCGGAGUUCCAGGCCCGCGUGGCGGGCGCCUCAGAGAAGGACAUCGUGCACUCAGGGCUGGCCUACACCAUGGAGCGCUCGGCCAAGCAAAUUAUGAGCACGGCCCAGCAGUACGACCUGGGCUUGGACCAGCGCACGGCCGCCUACCUCUGUGCCCUGGAGAAAGUCUUCAGGGUGUACAACGAGGCUGGCUUCACGUAUUGACCAGGCUGCACCAGGGGCUAGGGCUGUCCGCCCUGCGACUCCAGCCCCAGCACAUGCAGGAGCUGCCCAGGCUGGGUGUGUUGGGGAAGCAGCUGCAUGCAGCACGGUGCCUUGAUAAAGGGUUUAUUGGA